AUGGCUGUCACCCAGUGGGCUGGCCUCGCUGGCCUCUGCUCACCAAACGCCCCCUGGAAGUCUGGCCCAUCCUCAGUUGGUAGGAAAGGUCUGGACAGACAGGAAGGAGAAAUCAGGGAGGAUCCUGUUCCCAAGGGCGUCCAGGGCCCCAGUCAGCAGAAGGCGCCUGGUCAGGACAGACUGGCUGAGAGGAGACCCGGGAGGACAGGAAGCACGGAAGGAACCAGAGCGGCCCAGAGCAGAGGAGGCGGCCUCCGAGGAGCAGGAGCCUCCGGGCCACGUUCAAGCACAAGCGUGGCCCCAGCAGUGGCGUGGGAGGCCCCAGCCUCCACCCCACGACCCCCACCUGGAGGCUCAGCCAGGCAGCGGCACCUGGGCCACCUGCUCCAUCUGCAGAGGCUGCUCCGCCCUCUCCCCCUGCUGCCCCCAACACUCCAGGCUGCAGGUCUGCCGCCGCCACCGCGGCUGUGCGGCCCGCGCCCCGCCCGACCCGAGUCCCCGCCGCGGGCGCCUCCCCGCGCCCGGCUCGGCCACCACGCCUCGGCGCCCCGCCGGGCUCCCCACUUCCUCAAGCUGCGCCCCGAGCGCGGCUGCGGGAGCGCGCUGCCCGCGGGGCUGCGCCAGGGCUCACGACAGCCUCCGCCCGGCCCCGCGCCCCUCCGCCUCGCCUUCCCCGGCCCGGCCUCCCGCCCUCCCGCCCGCGGGCAGCGCGGUGCCACGGGCCACGCCGGGAGGCUGGAACCUGAGCCCUGCGGUGGCCCUGGUCCCCGCCCCAGCUGCUACCUGCGCCACCCGCGAGGCCGGCGCCCGGGGAGGCGGCGCGGGCGCUCGCAGCGCGGCGCCGGACAGACGGAGCACGGCCAGGCCUCAGUCCCCGCCCGGCGCCUGGCUGCGCGCGCGCCCCCGUCCCCGCCAGGCGCGCGCGCCCCUCCCCCUCCCCAGGUCGGGCGCGCGCCGAGCCCGCCCCUCCCCCGGUCUCGCACCACCGCUGCCGCCGCCGCCUCGCGGCUGAGUCACCCGCCGCGCAGUCCGGGCGUCUGGCUCAGCACCAGUCGCUCGCGCUCGGACCCCAGCGGCUCGGGAGGGGAACUGGAGCCCCAGUCCCCGCCUCGGGAGGGUCCUCGCAGAUGCUGGUUUUAA